UUUUUAAUUUUCUAUUCAUAUUUCAUAUUCUCUCUCUCCUCUCAAAAUAUGGUUUCCCAGAAGCCGAGAAAACCUUGUUGUUGGACACUGAAGCGGUUCUCUUAACGUACCCUACGCCAGCCUCUUAUCCUACGCACUCUCUCUGUUUCUUCUUCCGCUAACCGUCGAUUGAUGACAAAGAACCUUACCUUCCAGAAGAAGAAGCAAGAGACAAGGAGAAGGCAAAGGAGAAGAGGGGAGGGGUAAGACCGUAAGUUUAAGCAACAGUCACCGCCGGACGAGUACGAAGAGCUGUCUAUCGGUUGGGUUGAUCGAUGGAGGUAUUGGUAGGCUCGACUUUUAGUAUCGAUGUUUCGUCGCCGCCGGCAUAUGCAAGGGACCACGGCGAAGGUGGUGGUGGCGCACAGGAUGAGGCCCAUGACGGCAUAGCUUCCCUUCGACGGUUCAUCAAGGAAGAUAACGAGACCCGAAAACUGAACGGGUUGGGUUUGGGAAAUGGCAAGUCUGUUGAUGAUUCCUCUGACAGUUCGUCUAUUGGAGCUGAAAGCGAAGAUGAAGACAACGACGACGACGUCGUUUCGUCUGAGAAGGCCCUGUGUUCUCUGACUUCACUGGAGGAGUCUCUGCCUAUUAAGAAAGGCUUAUCGAAUUACUAUUCAGGGAAAUCGAGGUCUUUCGCGGAUCUAUCACAGUUGGAUUCAAUUAGUUCGGCGAAGGAUUUGCGGAAGCCUGAGAAUCCGCUUAACAAGAGGAGAAGGAUUCAGAUGGCAAACAAGUGGUCAUGCUCUUCAAGGAGAUCAUCAUCGUCUCUGUACACCUUUCAGAAUUCAAUAUCGGUGCCACUGCUUCCCCUGAAUGAAGAAGACAGCGUCGUCGAUGAAGCAGAGGGGCCGAAACAACAAACGCAGGAAGUGGAAGGGAUAUCGCAGAAGAAGGGGAAUCCAUGGUUGAAGUCUGAGAGUUGUUUUGAAAUAUCAGAUCUUGAAGAAGAAGAAGAAGAAGAAGAUUGAUUAAACAACCGCAACAACAGUAGAAGCUAGCUUUAGCUUCUGUUUUUUCGGAGAAAAGAAUCAAAAGAUAAACAUUUUUAUUGAUAUAUAUAAAUAAUUGGAUAAAUCUUUUUGACAACUGGGAAAUGGAUAAUUAUUAUGUUCAACUUUUUAA